UCAUCACAUGUUCCAGUAACUGGGCUCCUGUUUGGGGACAAUUUACCGCAACAAUGUAAAGACAUCCAACAAACGAACAAAAUUGGACAGAAAGUUGGAUUCUCUACUGGAUCGCGGGGGACCGACAACAAGGGUUCCCUACACAGAGGGAACUUGGCUAGUGCCGGCAGAAGACGCGGUAGCUAUUUAAACUAUCAGCGUUACAGCAAGCACCAGGGAUCUCGGUGGAAUCACAAACCGCAGCCAUCAGCAGGAGCCAAAAAGUAGAUUUGCCAAGCAAAAAACUGGCAGACUCCAUCCGUGGCAAGAGCGGCUACAACUGAUGGCAUGCCAUUUGUCUGGGAAAACCUGCAACGUCAGGGAAUUUCACAAGACGCUGCCGACAUUAUCAUCGCCUCUUGGCGACCUGCAACCAAGAAAUCUUACAGAUCAGCGAUCCAAAAGUGGAUUUUAUUCUGUGCUCGGGGACAAAUUAAUCCCGUUCGAGCACCUGUAACAGUUGUUCUUGAUUGCCUAACUGAAGAAUUUCAUAAGGGUAACAGUUAUAGCUCAGUGAAUACCCUACGUAGUGCCAUAUCGGCAAUCGUAGCUCCGAUAGAUGUGAGUCCUAUUGGGUCACAUCCAUUGGUUAAAAGAUUCAUGACAGGUGUGUUUAAUUUGAGACCUGCUAUGCCAAGAUAUAAUUUUACUUGGGACGUAAAUAUUGUUUUCAAGUACCUAAAAGAAUUAGGUCCUGGAGAAAAGUUGCCUUUAAAAAGGCUUACAAUGAAACUUGUUAUGUUGAUUGCAUUGAUUUCAGGACAAAGGUGUCAAACAUUAUCUUUGCUUGAUUUAGAUCAGGUCAAUGUCACUCGAAGCAAUGUGACUUUUGUUGUUACUAAGUUAACAAAGACCAGUAGAGUUGGCAGUAAGCCAAUAAGUGUGGUGGUGUCAGAGUACCCGCACGAUGAACACCUAUGUGUUAUGAAAACACUUAGAGAGUAUCUGAUUAAAACUAGAACUUUCCGAGGACGCGAAAGGAGUUUGUUUUUGAGUUAUACUUCCCCUCACAAGCGUGUAGGGUCCGAGACAAUUUCUCGUUGGAUCAAGAUGACACUGCAAGAUGCAGGUAUUGACAUAGGUAGAUUCAAGGCUCAUAGUACUAGAUCGGCUGCAUGUAGUGCAGCUUUGCAAAGGGGAGUUCCCCUGGAUGUCAUAAUGACUACUGCCCAAUGGGCAAGGAGUAGUACUUUUGCUAAGUUUUAUAAUAAAACUAUUGUACCAGCAAGUCAGAAGUUUGCUGACGCUGUUUUGAGUUGUGAAGCAAAAUAGGCUUCGAAUGUUUGUUCUCUGAAUAAAUAUACAGAAACAUCAGAAA